CAGUCUCACCGGCGGGUCUCCAACUUUUAGGUUCGUUGGUGAGGACUAUUCUCCGCAAUGAGCUUAGCGGUGGGACAUCUCCAUCCUCCAUCCCAUCAUCCUCGUCUCCCACGGUACCGGCCUCCACAGCCCCGGUAUCCGUCGUGAACCCAGUUCUUCUUUCCAGUGUUCCGAUGUCUGUCACUACUGCAGGCGGACCAGCUUCCUCCUAUCCUUCCCUUCAUCCAGCGGGUAUUUCAUCAGGUUCCAACCUGCUGUCCUUUAUGAGCUCCGCCCCGAUCUUCUCGACGGGCAGCCUCCCGAGUACCUCUGGGGCUUCUGAACUAACUGCCCACCAGUCACUCUCCCCCGCAGGGGCAUCCCCUUCCUUGGCCACGCUACUGGCUACACCACUGGCCAACCUGGGUCCCUCCAAGACCCCGCCUCUGGUCCUGUCCUCUGCUCUCCCACCUAUCCCAGGGAAGGUUGUGGAGUCUAUCAGAUCAGGUGCCUUCGUGGAUUUUCGUGACCUGCUAUCCGACAAUGUCGCCCUACGCCAGAGGGUCAUAGACACCGGACUACUGGGAUCGCAAUCCCUCCGCCUCAGAGAGAUCGGCGACGUGGAGACCUGGCUCUGCUGCUUUUUGGCCUUUGUAGCGGCCAAGGUUGAUUGCCGGGAGACGAGAGACCUAAUGGCCUACGGCCAGAUAAUUCUGAUGUUGGCUCGUAAGCAUGGGGGGUUGGGGUGGCGUGCAUACGACGCCCAUUUUCGUCAGCUCCAAGGGGCAGGUCACAACCUCCCGUGGACAGAACUGAAUCCAUCCAUGCUGGCCGCAAAUGUCCUCCAGGCGGCUGGUCUGUUCUGCUCAAUCUGCCAGUCGCAUGACCACCGCAAGGAGGACUGUGCCCUGGCCCCUCCCACCACUCCAGCAGACCGACGCCCUCGCCCAUACAGACCAAGCGACGAGGUCUGCCGACGGUUCAAUAGAACAGCAGGUUGUUCCUCGUCCAAUUGCCGAUUUACCCACAAAUGCUGGUCAUGCGGGCUGGCUGAUCAUGGGGCCUCUGCCUGUAAGGGCAAGCCGGAGAGUAGCAGGACCCGCCCACAGGUCUCCCGCAAAGACUAAUUCCUCAUUUGGCCACUUCCAUAGUCAUCAUUAUCCAAUGGACUGUAGCAAUAUUUAACCCCUUCAGAUUCAUGCCUUGACUUGGUGCAUACACCCACACUUAUUAUUACUCUGCAUACAUUUCGGUUUUUUUUUUUUU